ACGACGCACAGUUCCCAAACAAUCCUCAGGAAAAAGCCACGUUGACGACUCCAGACUGGAGUUCCGUCCUCAAUUUGGGCCAGAACAAAGCGAGAAGAACCAAGUGUGAGCUCGAUUCGGCGUCAACGCACUUCGGCGCCUGAAACAUGUCGUCCCCACCGAAGGAAAAGAUCGAAACCAAGGGUGGACAUCUCCCUGCAGUGAAGGCCGGUGGUAUGAGGAUAGUGCAGAAGCACCAGCCAACUGCUAAUCCGGAGCCACCACCUAAAAACGAUGACGACGAAGAGGAGUAUGUGAGCAGUAGUCCACCCAAGGCCCCGGUGAUAGUGUCUGGAGUGAUUACCAAGGGCGAUAAGGACUUCACCCCAGCUGCUGCCCAGGUGGCGCACCAGAAGCCCCAGCCCGGCAUCCCCAAGCUGCCCCCCUCUCAGCACAUCAACCAGCACAUCCAUCAGCCCCGCAAGUGAGCUAGCGACGCUCUGGCCACACUAACUCCACCAGUCGGCCUUCCCAAUUGAACACGAUUUCCCGCUAGGCGUAGAUGUCCUAUGAUCGACCAGUCGUUUUUGGGUUUUUUGAUUAAUGUUGUAUGAUAUGGAAUUCAUCUCCAACAGAUGCCUAAUACCAGUAUGGCCAUUGCUUACCCCCAACUCUAUACCUGCCCUGCAUCGGUGCUGCACUGAUAUUGGUGCAUUUUUUGUUUUUUGUCUUAAGCUGUUAUAGAUGUCUAUCUUAUGAUUAAGAAUUAGCGGAUAACCAAUCACACAUAUAAGUCAGAGCAAUCACAUCAGGAUAUUCACUUAAUAAUGGCCACUGAAUCAACCAAGAAGGAAGCUCUUGUACAUAUUUGAUGGGGUUUAAAAAAAAAAGAAAAAAAAAAACCUGACAGCAAAUUAUCGAGGUUAUCUGUUUUUAAUAUAAUAGAAAAUCAAAUAAAACAUUUUCAUUUUGAAACAAAUAUAGAUAUAUUUUCAUACACAGGUUCAUCUUUAACACUAAUAAUCACUCUGACAGUACACCAACUAAUUGGUCGGGUCCUAAUUAGGGCUAGUAUCCUUUGAGCUGCAUUAUUUUUCAGCUUCCUAAAAUAAAACAUCAAAUGCUUAGUUGGCUGCUCAAUCUAACAGCAGGACCCAGAACAGAAAGUGGUAUUUGGUGUAUGUAAGAAUGGCUUUUGGCAUGGGACAUUUUGAUUUGGUAUGUGGCAUUUUUUUUUUUUUUUUUUUUUUUUGUUAUGUGGCAUAAUUGAUUUUGUUAUGUUGCAUUUUUAUGUGGUAUAUGGCGUUUUUUUAUACCAAAAAAUGCCAUAUACCAAAAUCCAUUUUGCCACAUACCAAAAAAUUCCACAUAUCAAAAGCCGUUUUGCCACAUACCAAAAAAACCCACAUACCAAAAUCCAUUUUUCCACCUAGCCCAAAAAAUGCCAUAUGCCAAAAUUCAUUUUGCCCUUUACCAAAUACCUCUUUUCAUUCUCGUUGUCUCUCCAGUAGGGCCAAGAACAAAUAGUGGUAUUUGGUUUAUGGCAAAAUGGCUUUUGGCGUGUGGUAAUUUUUUUUUUUUUUUUUUUUGGUAUGUGGCAAAAUGGAUUUUGGUAUAUAGCAUUUUUAUUUGGUAUAUGGCAUUUUUAUACAAAAAAAAUGCCAUAAAAUUAUAUAAUAUGUAUAUAUUGGCUUUUUUUUUUUCGAACAAAAAAUUCCAUAUACCAAAAUCCAUUUUGCCAGAUACCAAAAAAAAGCCACAUACCAAGAGCCAUUUUGCCACAUACCAAAAAAAUAAAUAACAUAAAAAUAAUGCUACACACCAAAAAAUGUCAUAGCAAAAUCCAUUUUGCCACAUACCCCAAAUAAUCCCAUAUGCCAAGUCAUUUUGCCCUUUAACAAAUACCACUUUUCGUUCUCGCUGUCUCUCCAGCAGGGCCAAAAACAAAAAGUGAUAUUUGGUAUAUGUCAAAAUGGCUUUUGGCCUGUGGCAAAAUUGGAUUUUACUAUAUUGCAUUUGGUAUGUGGCAAAAUGGAUUUUGCUACAUGGGAAUUUUUUGGUAUGUGGCAAAAUGGAAUUUGGUAUAUGGCAUUUUUAUUUGGUAUGUGCCAUUUUUUUGGUAUGUGGCAAAAUGGAACUUGGUGUGGCAUUUUUUUGGUAUGUGGCAAAAUGUAUUUUGGUGUAUGGCAUAUAUGGUAUGUGGCAUUUUUUUUUUUUUUUUUUUUUU